UUUGUACACCCGUGCUUUCAAUGUUUUGAUAAUUUUCUGUUUAUUUACUUCUAGAUCUGCUGAAAUUCUUGAGAUUUUUUUGGAUAAAACAUGACUGAAAAUGUAAUUAAGGGCUAUUUGGACGUGAAAAUAUCUUCGAAGAGCCGCAGGGGAUUCAGACCGUGGAAGGCUUGGAGGAGACACUGGUGCGAAAUCCAACGCACAGACGACCUAGACAUAGGGGUGGAAUUAAAACUGAAAUCCUCAGAGGACGGCAACACCGUGAGCUGCAUCCGGGUGCCUCGUUCCGCCAUCCUUUGCCGAACCGACUCCAGAACGAAACAGUUCGCUUUUGGGGUGUUAAACUUAAGAAACUCUAAGAAAGCCGUCCUGUUUCUAGCGGGGUGUAGCGAGAGCGACACCCAAGAAUGGAUGUUUUCCAUUAGAAAAAUGCUCAGCAUAGCCACCCAAAUCCCCGUGGGUGAGUCGAACUUUACAAUAUCCCUAGUGGAUACGGACCAUUCUCGCUCCGCAGGACUUGUGGGGCUCUAUGGGGUCCUACAUACGAACGCUUCUGAAAUAGUGAUCAGUGACCCUUGCACCGGAACCCCGAAAAUCGUGUGGACAUGGUACCAUUUCCAUCAGUUUCACUUACAAGCCACUUGUUUGCAAACUGACGAUAAAAAAAUCGUCGUUAUGCACACAAGCAGCGAAUUUCUUUCUGGGCCUGGACAGCUGCUGCUUUAUUGCAGAGAGGGCCCCAGUUUACUUCAUCAUUUGAUCACCAGGGGGCAGAGAGCUAGAUUUAGCUCAGGGUUACUGGCUGCUAAAAGAUUCAGUAGAAGCGAGGGGUAUCUUUGUGAAAGCAGGACAAGUAUUCCGGAUAGCCCGUUGUGUUUUAGGAGUCAGGCGGGUAGCGAUGAUUCUGGAGUACAAAAUUCAAACAUAUCAGAUGAGGGAGAGUAUGCCAGAAAAUCGAAGACUAAUACGACUCUAGCGAGCUUAGAACUGACUGAAAUAACCAAAACUCCCGGAGGUAGUGAGACUGAAGACUCCUGCACGGAUUUGCAAGAAAUAAAACCUAAUACGUCUGAAGCGAUUCCGCGAAACGAAUCGGGCAUAUCCUUGGCCUCGGGUAUUUACGAAGAAAUCCCGGAAAAUCACCAAACUACCGUAAAAAAGGACGAAAACGUUUUGACCGAUCUCAAGUAUCAAAGCCACAUUUACGAAAACCCUUUGGAUCUAAUUAUAUCCGAAAAGUUCGGGAAAUACUUUACCGCCCCGCCGUUACCACCGAGAACUUUUACCAGUUUCACUUUGCAACGCCCUGGUAAGCCUAAACUGGAAACGCCAUCGUCUCCAUGUAAACCACGAUGCCUAACGCUACCGGCCAAAGAUUUAUCGAAAAUAUCCCAAAUGUUUAAUUCCGGCCAUAAAACUUGCAGAUAUGGAGCGGAAUCGGAGUAUGUGGUGAUGAAUACGCCUACAAAAACCGCGGAUGCAACGAAAAAAACCGUUUCCGAGAGUAUUUACGUGCCGAUGACGUCUCCGGUUAUACAAUUGAAGAAUAAAAUCAUCGAGGGGGUGUAUAUGAGUAUGACUGGUAACGGUAAGAAGACUGCUUAGGAAUUUAUUUUGGUGUGAAAUGUUCGGGAUGAAAUUUCAGUUAUUUCUAUAAGAUACUGUAUCCAAGGUUUUUUAUUUAUAUUUUUUUUAGAGCCAGUACAUUUAUUUUAAAAUAUAGCUGCAGCAUUUAAUUUAAAUGUGUACAUUUGGUUUGGGAAAAAGAAACACAUUUUUAACUUUUUUAGUAAUUUCUUGAUUAUUAAUUUGUUAUUUAGUACUAGCCGCGGUAAUUUGGUCAAAAUUGCAUGUUUUUUUACUCGUAAAUCGACCACAACAUUUCACACCACUAGACCCUUUUCGCUUUCUAUAAAUCAAAAUUUUCUUCGUUUUUUUUUCCAAAUUUUUAUGCAUCAUGUUACCACACUAAAAAUUUCUUUUCUUUAUAAAUAAUUGUUAUAUAUUUUUUAUUAUUAUUUAUAUUAGAUAGACAUAUUUUUCUUUAGGAAAAAUUUAGUUAAAAAAAGACUUUAAGUAAACUCGCCUGGCCUAAUAAGAAUUUUCUUACAAAAUUAGGCCAAAACUUGACUAAUCUUAGACAAGGAUGUUUAUAAAUAUCAGUAUUUAAAUAAUUAAGGAGUUUCUUAGGCCUAUUCGGUUAUAAUAUACGUAACGUGUCUCAAUUUGUCGUUAUUUAAACGAAUUAUACACAAUUAGUAAUGAUUCAUGUGGCCUUUUAUGAUAAACAAAAAUGGCGGUAGUCCCGGCCAAUGAGGGGAACAGUUAAAACCACGUGGUUCGAUGUGACACUUCUACAGGGGUCAUCCGAUAAUUAUAUAAAAUCUUUUAUAAAUCGCAAUGAUUUGCUCAAAAACCCCAAUUGAUCUUAGUAUAUAUUAUUUAUAUUUUUAAAGUGUAUAUUUAAUUACGCCUCAAUGAAUAUAUACGAUUAGUAUGUAAGGAUUCGUUGGAAAAUUUGAUACGGGGUAUUUUAUAUUUGCAUAAUCGUAAUUAAAGCCCUUCGAUUUUAAAGGGAGCUUUGGUAAGCAAAUCUUGCAACGACCAGAAAAAAAACAAGUUGAUAGCCCUCUUGCUACAUUUGAAUUCAUUUAAUUUGAAAUGAAAAAAUUAUUCAUGUUCUUUAUUUAUGUACCAAGAAGUAUUCAAAGUUCGAACUUUCUAAGCACCCCUCGUAUUCGGCAAGCUAUAACAAGAUGGCCGCCGCUGCUAUGGCAACCGAGCCGUGACCAAUCAGGUGGCUCCAUCUAAGUCACGGGGCUUUUGACUGGUCACAGUUACGGGGACGUAUCGAUUAGAAUAUACGUGACGUGUCUCGAUUUAUUGUUAUUUAAGGAAAUUACUUAAUUAUACAGGGUGGUCGGUAAUGAAUGUGCCAAAAAAGGUUAAACUCGUGAAAAUAUUGAUGUUAAGCCAAAAAAAAGUAAAAUGUCGCUCAUAAAUAAGAUACAGGGUGUUCAAAUUUAAUUUUCGAAUCUGUUUUUCUCUAUAGCUCAAGUUAUUUUUGAGAUAUAGAUUUUGGGGAUGAGGAAUAUGUUUUUAUUAUAUUUUUACAUGCUGUUUUAUUAUUUUUUAUUGAAGUAACUGAUGGAAUAAAGAUUUUUAAGAAGAAAAGGUACCCUACAUUGAUUUCAAAUAAGCAACCCGUUUUCGAAAUAUUUGCAUUUAAACGUUCUGUUGCACAGUCAAAAACACUAAACACGGAUUACAAAUCAACGUAGUCACGGAUACUUAACAAUCUUUAAUGUCAGGCAUAUUGACACGUAUUAAUUUGAAAAAUAGGCCUUUUAACGUUAAUUAAAAAUGGAAUAAAUUUAUGUAAUUAAUAAUGCCUAGGCAUAUUGAAUAUUCCGAUAGCAAAAUGAUUUUCAUCUAUGUUCAAGUAAAUUUGCACCACUGGCAAUAAUAUCCAAAUAGAAGGCACCUGAAUCAAAGUAUUUUUCAAAGAUUAUACAGUCGGUUAGGAGAAACAGGCUCUUUUUAGAUUAAGAAGAACUUUUAGUAAAAGUGGGUGAAAAUCCACCAGUAAAUGCAAGACAUUUGGCAAAAACUACUCAUGUAAAAAAACGCAAUUUUUAAACUGGUUUGGUCCUGGCAGUGAUUUUACAUGGCCCCCGCGUAGCCCGGAUCUUAAUCCUUUGGAUUUUUUCUUUUGAGUUUAUUUUAAGUCAUUAGUUUAUACAGAAGAAAUCCGUAGACGAGAGCAACUAUUGCAAAAAAUUUAUUAUUCCACUAAUGUUAGCAGAAAUAAAUAAGGAACUUUAUUCCAAGUAAGGCAUUAUUUCGUGAACAGAUUAAAAAAAUGCCCGGAAGUGUAUAUUCACAAAUAUUGCGAAAACGCUUUGUUUAACCGAAAUAAAUUAAGUACAUCCAUUUUACUAAGGCAUAUUUGGUUCAACAUCAUAUUUUCACGAGUUUCACCUAGAAUUGCUUUUUGGCGCAUUCAUUAUAAACCACCCUGUCUGUAUACAUGGCUAAUUUUGUCAAUAACGACCCGUUAACAUUCUCAUGCGUUCACCUCGUAUUCGGCAAGAGCAACUCAAAAUGGCUGGGACUGGGCCAAUAAGAAAAAGAGCUAAAGGUCACGUGAUUCGAUGUGACAAGUAGUCUACAGGAGACACUCGAUAAUUCUGUAAAUAAAUGUCACUAGUUGAAGUAAAUUUUUGCUCAAGAACUCGAAUCCUUAUUGAUCUCAGUAUAUACUAGCUUAUAUAGACUUAUUGUUUUUUAAGCGAAUUUGAUAUUAUUAUUAUUUUAUCAUUGGUUUUUUCACAUUUUCUUAAUUUUUUAAACAAAAAUUGUCGUUCCUUGCUUAUGCUUAAAUACGCUUCAAUGAUUAUACGAUUAGUAUGUAAGGAUUUGUUGGAGUAUUAUAGACGGGGUGUUUGCUUAAUGUCGCAGAAAAUAAAAUUAUUUUUUCGAUCAUGCAAAGUAUGAAAAAAAUAACUAAUAGCUCUUUGGCUAAAUUUAAAUAACAAGUUAUUCAUCGAAGUAUUUUUAUACUAAAAAGUGAAUAAUCUUAAAUCACACAAAAAAAACAUUUUUUUUCGUACUUUUUAUGCACCCCCCGUACGUGGCAACCAACAAGAACACGGCCGCCGUCGCUAUAGAAACCAAGUCAUGUCCAAUUAUGUGGCAGUAUUUAAGUCACGUGCUUCUAAAUAGAUACAGUUACGGGGGCGUAUCAAAAUUUUUUUUUACGGCAGCUAGUGGUAUUAAUCGAACACCCUGUUAUGUAUUAUAUCACAUAUUUAUUUAUUGUUACCAAAAUAUUUAGUCGCUAUAUAUUUAGAACUUAACAUUUAUUUUAUAUGCCACAUAAAGCUGAAUUUUUACCAGCUUAUAUUCCAGUAGCUAAGUUUUCGCUCUCUUCGUGUACGUUAAGGUUUGUUUUUGUAAAUUUUGUAUUUUUUUAUUAAAAAAAAAAAGAAGUUUAUACUAUAA